AUGGGUGACUACGUCUUCUCAGGGUUCCAAUUGCCAGCCAAAAGGGCACCUGGACCAGUGUAUUUUGUAUGGAGAACUGCCAUGCUGGGGCACCGCAAAGCAGCCGCGGGGACCAAAACAGCCAUGCCGGCCAAAACAGUCAUGCUGGUGACCCGUGGGGCUCCUCUGCCUGGGAAUCUCCUGGUCUGUAGCUUCCAAAAUGACAAAGAAAGAAGGAACAACCGUCGUGCCAAAAAGGGCCGCGGCCAUGUUCAGCCUAUUCGCUGCACGAACUGUGCCCGAUGCGUGCCCAAGGACAAGGCCAUUAAGAAAUUCGUCAUUCGAAACAUAGUGGAGGCCGCAGCAGUCAGGGAUAUUUCUGAAGCGAGCGUCUUUGAUGCCUACGCACUUCCCAAGCUCUGUGUGAAGCUACAUUACUGUGUGAGUUGUGCAAUGCACAGCAAAGUAGUCAGGAAUCGAUCUUGUGAAGCCCGCAAGGACCGAACACUGCCACCCCGAUUUAGACCUGCGGGUGCUGCCCCACGACCCCCACCAAAACCCGAGUAAGGAGCUGAGUAAAA